UUCCUGGGGCGGGGCCGAGUGAAGACUCGGAGCCAAUCAGCGGUGACGCCGCUUGUGCGCCUCCACGUCGGCAGCAGCUGCGGUCAAGAUGGAGGCACUGAUCUUGGAGCCCUCCCUGUACACUGUCAAGGCCAUCCUGAUUCUGGACAAUGAUGGAGACCGACUCUUUGCUAAGUACUAUGACGACACCUACCCCAGUGUCAAGGAGCAAAAGGCCUUUGAGAAGAACAUUUUCAACAAGACCCAUCGGACAGAUAGUGAAAUUGCCCUGUUGGAAGGGCUGACAGUGGUCUAUAAAAGUAGCAUCGAUCUCUAUUUCUAUGUGAUUGGCAGCUCCUAUGAAAAUGAGUUGAUGCUUAUGGCUGUUCUGAAUUGCCUCUUUGACUCCUUGAGCCAGAUGCUGAGGAAAAAUGUAGAAAAGCGAGCUCUGCUGGAGAAUAUGGAGGGGCUCUUCUUGGCUGUGGAUGAAAUUGUAGAUGGAGGGGUGAUCCUAGAGAGCGACCCCCAGCAAGUGGUACACCGGGUGGCUUUGAGGGGUGAAGACGUCCCCCUUACAGAGCAGACCGUGUCUCAGGUGCUACAGUCAGCAAAAGAACAGAUCAAGUGGUCCCUCCUUCGGUGAAGAUAUUCCAUGCCCAGUUCCUUGCCCCUCAAAACCCCACAUCUGCUGUGACUUCUUAUGCAGGCCCCCAACAGAUGCUCUUGGGUCAUCGUGGAGAAUCACAAUGGACCCUUGCACCUCUAUCCUUUCUGGGGUCGUCCCCCUCUUCCUUCCCUCUCAAGGGCAGAUUUGAAUGAGGCAGGGGAAACACCCUCUUCCUACUGCACUGGUCCUCCCACCCCCACGUUCUCUUUUUGGUUUCUUGGCCCUUUUCUAUGGCUGUACUUCAGAUCAAAGCAGGAGAAAGAAUGUGCUGAGUGUUUUCCUCCCUGUGCCUUAAAGGCCCUCAUCCCCGCAGCCCAUACGUCCAGCACAGGGGAGGACUCCUUCCUUCAGCACAAGUGGGUGUGGAGUGUCGUGCCUCAGCAGCUUCUCCCCUUCCUGCUGCCCUGUCCUCUGCCUUGGAAGAGAUUGGGAGCAGCUUAUGGGAAGGGGACAGAGCUGCAGAGGAACGGUGAUUUAAAUGCUGUCGGAGCUUAUGCAGUGCAGUCUCUGCCAUGAUCUGGCCUUCAGUCUCAAAGCUGCUGUGCCUGCACAUGAGAACAUCCUACUCUAGGUCUGUACCACACCUCUCUGCCUGUAUCACCUGUGAGAUCUUUGCCUGGUGUGGCCUCUGGUACCCUGGAGCAAAGCCAGACCUUGGAACUAAAACCACUGUAGUGUCCAGAAGAGUUUCUACACAGAACUGGGGAAGGAAAGGGCCUUAAUGGCUGGGGCCUUGCCAUGUUCCUUCUCAGCUCCUCCACUCACAUUCCCCCGCCUUGGUUCUGCAGUCUGCUGUUGAGCUCUCUCCCUCUGCCUCAGCCUUCCCCGGAAGCGGAGGGUCUGGUGCAGUACCUUUCCUCUAGGGCUUGGAUUCCCAUUCUUGGGUGUCAUGUUGCCCCUUGACCCCACAUCGCAGUGAAAAAUGUCUUAGAAAAACAUUCCCGAGCAAGCGUUCUGCCCCCUGAAUUGGCUGAAGUGGGCAUUCUGGAGGUGGCCUCUGCAAGAAACGGAGUCAACGAAGUCCACCUUGUACGCUACUGUGCGUCAGAGGAAUAAAGUGAAUCUUCCAAACUG